UGAACAGAUUACAUUCUCUUUCAAACGUUUCGUUCAAGACCAGUAGACACACACAUUGAGCAUGGUGAGUGCGAUGCGUCAUGUAGUAGGCUCGGAGUAGGUUUAUCACAGACAUUAUACCAUAUAGGCAUUUUAAGCGUGGUAUCAACAACGUAGACUUGACCUUUGAAUCUUCAAUAAUCACAAGGUUUAAAAGACGGACCGAACGAUUCCAGCAAAUAUGGCGACUGCCGACUUCAUAACGCAAAAUCUUGGAACUCUGCUCGUCUUCGUAACCACCUUCGUCCUCGUCGUGACUUUCCUCAAGAAAAGAUCUCUUGCAGGCUUCAAUAUCCCAAAGGGACCAGCGGCGAUACCCUUUUUCGGAAACACACUGUCUCUGAAAGAACACGAUGGACUCCUUCGUCAGUUGCUCCAGCUGGGAAAGGAGCAUGGAUGCAUCUACUCUCUGUAUGUCGGUGGGAAAUUGAUGGUGGUCGUCAACGGGUUGGACGCUGUGAAAGAGCUCACCACCAGAACGGGAUACGACUUCGGCGAUAGGAAUGAGAGUGUCGUUUUUCUAUCCUACAACCCCAAUAGACUAGGUCUUUUCGACACGAGGGCUGAUGAAGAAUGGAAACGCCAAAGAAAAUUUGCACAUACCACCUUAAGAGGGAUGGGUUUUGGCAAAGUAUCCCUGGAACCCCUCAUUCAAACUGAAGCCAGACAUGCUAUGGACUACUUCAAGUCCAAAUUCGGAUCCAAGCUGGACCCAAGCAUCGCAUUCGGUGUUACCUCAUCCAACGUCAUCAACAAACUUGUGUUCAAUCACCGGAAUGACCACGGAUCAGAGAGCGGGGACGAAUUGAUGAGGAAUGUACGAGACCUGAUGGUGGCUGACGAAGGUGCCUUGCUUACUCUCUUUCCUUUCCUUUGGCCCGUACUCAGGUACGCAUCGAAGUGGAGGAGACUCGACAAUGCAUGGAGAAAAAUCAAGGUAUUUUUCAACCAGCAGAUCGACAUACGGGAGAAACGAAUGGAUGCGUGUGAAGGUGAACUGGUGGCCAGCGAUUUUCUGGACGCUUACCUCAUCCAACGUCGUUCGGAGCCAAAUAAUUAUUCACUGGAGUCACUGGACCUGGUGCUGGUUGAUCUGUUUUUGGCGGGAACUGACACUGUAUCAACCACCAUGACAUGGGCAGUGAUCUACCUUGCUAAUAAUCCAGAGAUCCAGCAGAAAAUCCACGACGAGAUUAUUAAUGAAAUAGGCCUCAAAGAAGUGUCCUUGUCUCAUCGAUCUGGUUUAAACUACACCCAGGCAGCCCUGAUAGAGGUCCAACGUUUGGCGACCGUAGCACCCCUGGUACCUCGCGAGGCAGCCAGGGAUGCUGAUCUUUGCGGUCACAGGCUUCCCAAAGGAACCGCACUACUCAUCAAUCUCUGGUCUCUGCAUCACGACCCAGACGUGUGGAAGGAUCCCAGUCAGUUUAAUCCCGACAGGUUCCUCAAUAAUGACGGUACACUUGUCAAGCAACCAGACAAUUUUCUGCCAUUCUCAGCCGGAAAACGCAUGUGUAUGGGAGACCAAUUAGCCAAGAUGGAACUGUUUAUUUUCUUCACUUCGAUGGUUCAGCAGAUCAAGUUCACCAUACCUUCCGGGGAUGGUCCGCUUCCAAUGGAUGGUCUCUUGGACCUGGCACGCAAGCCCAAACCAUUCCAGGUCCAGGUCUCGUCAUGGUCUAACUAGAUAACCAUUCCCCGAGGAUUGUCCACUUCCAAUCGAUGUCUCAAAAUUAGAACGCAGCAGUCAAGCCCAACGCAUUCCUGGUCGGAUUUCGAGAACUUACCAAAGAUCUAGAACUACAUGUAUAUACGUGUAUAUUCAAAAGGUGUCUAAAAUUCCAGAAGGCAGUCAAAGGCAUUUUAAUCUAGAGAUUUCUAAUGCGUCAGUGAAAUUAUCAAAGGCGCUUGAAUUGCAUUCUUUGAAUCAUUUGUUACUUUCUUAAGUGAACUAUUCUCAUUUAAAUCACAUUGAUGUCUGUGAAUAUUCCUUCUCAAAUUGAAGGCGAGGACAAACUGGCUUGGGCGUAUAAUCAUCAUAAUCAGUGACAGUUAACAUGGUUAGGACUAGGCGUAUUACCCUCCACGGUCGAAGACGAUUAAUUGUGCAGCCUUUAGAUGUCUUACUGUCUUAGAUAUGCGAAUUAUCGUCUUAUAAAUUUCCAAUGGAUCCUUUGCGACUCGAAGUUUCCAAGUUAUAUUAACGAAUGGUUACGAAAAAUUAUUGUAGAUAGAGUGCACUGUUUUGGUUCCAUGACAUUAAUCUGCUCCGGCGACAAUUGCUCCGACAGAAAAUUUGCACGUUAAGCCAAACAUAAAAACUAACUUCCAAAACUAAUUAAACCCUAAUACGUUAUUCUGAAUAUUCUGAAAAAAACCUUUUACAAUCCUUCCUCUAAUCCUUUGCCCCCUGAGAUAUCAAGACUGGAGCAAUUGUCGCAGGUGCAAAUGUCGUGCCAUCCUAUGUAUUUCCAUAUAAAGAGACGUAUGUAUCUGUUCUGCCAUUCGUUACACCUUUUCCCAAAUUGUUUUGAUAUGAAUACUUGUACAUGAACUUUGAUACUUGAAUAUCUAUAUUUAUGAAAUACACUCUCCCUCUUACCACGAACAAUAAUUGUCCACGCAUGAUAUCUGAUAUGUGUGAUAAUAAUCGUUUUUAAUAGAACUACUGGCAUAAUACAAAUUUACUAAUAAACGAUUUGCAGUGACUGUAUCAUAAAGCAAUUAUGUGGUGUCAGAUAAAAUAUAAUUUUUUGUAAAAUGACUUGAUUAUAAAGAUUGUAAUCAUUCAAGUACAUGUGAUUAAAAUACUGUUUUUAUAUAUUUAUGUCAUCGCAAAUGCAUAAUAAAUAAUAUGUAACGAAAUUUAGAAAGAUAGCUUCAUAUCGUAAUAAA